AUGUCCUCUGUCUAUCAGGCAUUCCUCGACAUGAUCUCCCUGGCUCUCGCCCUUCUUUCCGCAGGGACUCCCUCUCUGGCGUCCCGCAACUCCUUCUACCCGCCCUUGGACCACACCACCUACAUCUCCAACACCUCUCUCGGCACGUAUGGGGGCAUCUAUUCCGCCCCGGCCAGCCAUGCGAGCCCUCCCCGCACAGGAGACCCUUACAACUACUGCACGAUGCCUCAUCCGCGCGUAGAAUCGUAUUCUCUUCCGCCUCCUGUGGCCAAUCACUCCGUCUCCGCGCGUCUGGUCUACCUCGAGUAUGUCCAGCGCCACCAGCGACGCACCCCCUACAACAUUCUGCCCGGCGGAGAGAACCAACCAUACAACUGCGACAACAUCAACGCCUAUCUCUACGCGACGCCGUCACAGGGUGAUCCUGCCUCGGUCCCCGUCUACGGCCAGGCGUACACUGACCCGUCCAACCCGUUCCUCGCGUCCUAUGUGAACGGCAGCUGUCAGUACCCCCAGUUAACCCUGGGCGGUCUUCUGGACGGGUAUCAGCACGGUCGCGAUCUCUGGGCCGUGUACGGGGACAAACUCGGGCUCUUUCCCGCGACCCCCGACGAAAAGGACCGCAAGGUCUGGUUCCGCUCCAGCUCCUCCGCCAUCACCCAGGACACGGCUAGCGGCGUCUUGCGCGGCAUCUGGCCCGACCACCAGGCGUCCAUCCCCCUCCAUCAACAGGCCGCUGGCAUUGACACCGUCAACAAAGGCUUCCCCUGUCCCGCGCAAGACGCGAUCCUGUCGGCCAUCCAGUCGACCCCCGAGUGGAACGAGCAUCUCACGGUGACUGAGCAGCUACGGAACCAAUUAGCUGACAUGUUCGAUGCCGGCGAUGACGCCGGCUGGACGUCCACCUUUGAUCACUUCUGCGACAACUUCCAGGCGCGUCUUUGCAACGGGUACGACCUCCCGUGUCGGGUUGGUGACGACGCGACUUGUGUCACGAGGGAGCAAGCAGACGAGGUAUUCCGCGCGGGCGACUGGGAGUGGAACUACUGGUGGCGGCACAAUGCCAACGCGACGCGGUACAUCCAGCUCGUGGAAGGGCUGUUCAUCGGCGAGAUCGUGCGGCAGCUGGAGGCGGUCAAACGGGGGACGUCGAGUGUCGUCUACAGCCAUAAUUUCGUCCAUGAUGGCGAUGUAGGUCCGAUCCUUGGAGCGCUGGGAAUUCGCACGCUGCGGUGGCCGGGGAUGGCGUCGAACAUUGCAAUUGAAGUUUGGGAAACCUCAACGUCCGAAUUCUACGCCAGAGUUUUGUACAGUGGACAUCCGGUGGAGACCGUCCAUGGCGUCCUGGACUGGAUCCCAUUGUCGGCCUUGAUGGAUAUCUUGAAACCCUUUAUUCCGGAGGAUAUUAUUGCAAUGUGUAAUAGCAGCUGA